UAACAAGAAAAGAAAUAGAUGAAAUGAAACCGCAAAUUGAAAAAGCGGUUCAUAAGUUUCUUGGUUUUGGGGAGCCUGCUAUUGUUACUACUGCUGUCAAUUGUAUUACUUCGGGUUAUGAUAAACGUAAAACAGCAGAUAAACUGUCAGCUUUAUUAGAAGAUAAAAAGGCUUCAAAAUUAACUGAAAAAAUAUUUGCAAUAUAUGAUGAUACCAAAGUGGCGCAGAAAAGUAAAAAACGAAAUCACAUGGAUGACAAAGAAAAGGACAAAGAUUCAAAAAAACCCAGGUUUAGAGAUGAUGAAGUAAAAAAUGAAAAAACAACAGAAGCACAAUUGUCUGCAGAUAAGAUAAGACAAAUGAUGGCUAAUGCUCAAAGAGAAAUUGAAGAAAGGAAAAGGGCAUUGAAAGCUAUAAAGCAAGAAGAAGUGUCACCAGUGAAACCUCUUCUUAAAGCCAGAGAAUCACUACCAACGGUAGGAAGCAUGUAUAAUCAGGGUUUAUUAAGUAAAACAGAUUCUGAUAAAGCAAGAAAAAUUGCUGCUUUACAAGCUCAAAUCAGAAGUAAGCUAAGUUCAGGACUACUUGGUAAUGUCAGUGUUCCAGAUAAACCAACUCCCUUAAUCUUGGAUGAAUCUGGAAGAACUGUAGAUAUAACGGGUAAAGAAGUGCAACUUACGCAAGUAGUACCCACAUUAAAAGCUAAUAUUCGAGCAAAAAAACGUGAAGAAUUUAAAGCACAAUUACAAGAAUCAAAAGGUCCAGAAGAAAUUCAAGAUACACACUUUUUUGAUACUAGAAUAGGUGUAAAACCAGCUGUGCGUGGCAAACGUACAUUGAAAUUUCAUGAACCAGGAAAAUUUCAGCAAUUAGCGGAAAGAAUUCGUAUGAAAGCUCAAUUAGAAAAAUUACAAAAUGAAAUUAGUCAAAUUGCUAGAAAAACUGGUAUAAGCUCAGCAACUAAAUUGGCGCUAAUAGCACCGAAAACUGAAGCUCUUAGCGAAGAUGUGCCUAAUGUAGAAUGGUGGGAUUCUGUCAUAUUAACAGGAGGAUAUCCAAAUGAAAAUGAACCCACAACCAUUAAAAGUUCCACUAUUACAAACCUUGUAGAGCAUCCCACGCAAAUGCGACCACCAACUGAUCCACUGAAACCUAUAUACAUGCCUGUAUUUCUAACAAAGAAAGAACGUAAGAAAUUACGCAGACAAAACAGACGAGAAGCAUGGAAAGAAGAACAAGAAAAAAUUCGGUUAGGUCUUGAACCUCCACCAGAACCAAAAUUGCGAAUUUCAAAUCUUAUGCGAGUAUUAGGUACAGAAGCCGUACAAGAUCCUACAAAAAUAGAAGCUCACGUUCGACAACAAAUGGCUAAAAGAUUAAAAGCACAUGAAGAUGCAAAUGCAGCUCGAAGACUUACUGCCGAUCAAAGGCGUGAAAAGAAGGCAAGAAAACUUAAAGAGGAUACAACACUCGGUGUACAUGUAGCUGUCUAUAGAAUACGUGACCUUUUAAAUAAUGCGUCGAAGAAAUUUAAAGUGGAAACAAACGCAAAACAGCUUUAUCUCACAGGCUGUGGAGCAAAACAAUUAAGUAAAUAUAAAAGAUUAAUGAUGCAUCGCAUUAAAUGGGAGGAAGAUAUAAUAAAGGAUAACGAUGGAAAUGAUGUGCCCAACAAAUGCGUUCUUGUAUGGGAAGGUACUAGUAAACAACGUCAUUUCGGAGAAAUCAAAUUUAAAGUUUGCCCGAUCGAAAAAAUGGCUCGAGAACACUUUAAGAAACAUCAAGUUGAACAUUAUUGGGAUUUAGCUUAUAGUGGGGCAGUUCUUGAUAAUACAGAUGACAUUCACUCUUAGAACCCAAUUCCGAUUCGCAGAUUCCUAGCAAUAUGUGCACUGGUCGAAAGUAUGACCUUACCGUCGAACAUGUUACUGGACCUGGGCAGGCGUACAAACAUUUCGAUGGAGAAGUACGAUCAGGCGGAACGAGCUAUUCUCAACUCGCACACGCAUUUAAAUCACGGUUCGCCAUCUUGGUUCCUCGGCGCGUCCCACGAGAUGACCCAGCACGCCCAAAAUCUCUCCAGAAAAGCUCUACGGAUCGAGACGAUGGCCGUGAUGCUGGUGGAAGCUUUGAACAUGUCGUCGGAGGAGGCUUCUUCCGUGUUGCCGUCUGUAGCGGCCAUAAAUUGUCCUGGCUCGCCCACGUUUCUGCAAGUGAUGGGCAGUUGCAAAAGAAUCGAUUCGCGCUAUAGAACGCACAGCGGGAAGUGCAAUAAUGGCUUACAUCCGACUUGGGGCGCCGCUUUGGAGGCUUACGUACGAUUUCUGCCACCUGAAUACGUGGACGGUGUCUCUUUGCCGCGUACAGAUUUACCCAGCGCCAGAGACGUCUCUCUGCGAGUGCAUUCCGGAGGGUUGGACCUUAAGCAUCCGUACUUGAUGGCGCUCACAGCGUUGUUCGGUCAAUUUCUCGUUCACGAUCUCACGCACACGCCGAAGAUGGGAUUACCCGAUGGGACGAAACUGAAAUGCUGCGACGUCGAUUACGAACACUUUCAUCCGGAAUGCUACCCGAUCCGGGCCGAUAACGCUGUAGGCUGCAUGGAGUAUUCGAGGUCGGCACCGCAUCCAGGAAAUUCGCUGCAGGGCUGCAAACUAGGUCCUCGACAGCAGAUCAACCAAGCGUCGUCGUACUUAGACCUUUCUCCAGUUUAUGGAAGUUCCGAAGACGUAGCAAAAGCUCUACGAUCCGGCAAAGGCGGUUUGCUUAGUACGCAAAGGAAGAACUUGCCCAUGCCUUCGCCGAAGUACGAAAGCUGCAGGAGCGUAAACAAAGCUUUCCCAUGUUUUCUUAGCGGGGAUUCGCGGGUAAACGAGAACCCAGGUCUCACUCUAAUGCACGUACUUUUUCUACGCGAACAUAACCGUGUCGCUAUAGAGCUGGGACAAUUGAAUCCUAACUGGGACGACGAGAGACUCUACCAGGAAGCAAGAAGGAUCGUUAUCGCGGAAAUGGAGCACAUAACUUAUAACGAGUUUCUGCCCGUUGUUGUCGGCGAAACAACUAUUAACAAAUACCAGUUACGCUUAACGUAUCGAGGCUAUUUUCGAGGCUACGAUACACGAACGGAUGCGACACUUUCGAACGCUGCCGCGUCUGUUGGGCUUUUCUUCAUUGCCACGCUGACCCCAAAAACCCUCGACCUAGUUGACUCGCGAUCGGCGUUAAAGUCUGGAGAAAGGUCCUUACUAUCGGCCUUCUACGCUCCGCAAGAGUUCUAUGAAGCUGGUGCUAUUGAUCGCUUGAUCGCCGGCGCUACAGCGGGACAUUCUAGGAAGCCUUUGCCGCCGGGACUGAACGAAAUCCUUUUGGAACGAUACUUCCACGAUGGAAAAAGCAACGAUAUCGCGGUGGAUUAUGCCGCGCAAGUGAUACAGCAAGGGAGGGAUCACGGUAUACCGACUUACGUUAGAUGGCGAACAUUUUGCAAUUUAUCGCACAUCACCAGUUUCGAAGACCUUAGAGGAGCAAUGACCAAAGAUACGAUAGAGAGACUUCGAAAAGUUUACAAAAAGAUAGAAGAUGUAGAUUUAGUGACAGGAGCACUUUCAGAAGCGCCAUUGGCUGAUUCAGUUUUGGGACCAACAUUUCUUUGCCUAUUGGGCCGUACUUUUCGAAAUGUUCGUUUUGGCGAUAGGUAUUGGUAUGAAAAUGCAAACAGUCCAGGAUCGUUUACUUUAAAUCAAUUAGAAGAAAUCAGAAAGAUCACGAUGGCACAAAUUUUAUGUUACAACGGUGAGAGGUUAAAUUGGGUUCAACCUAGAGCCUUUCUUCUGAGAGAUCGCUUUCUGAACGAAGUGAUAAACUGUACGAUACACACGAGCGGAUCACCAAAUUUUUCACAUUGGAAAGAAAAGAAUGAUUCUUAA